AUGCUGUCCACAUUCAGCUGGAGUGGCCACAAUGCCAGUUGUCACUUCAAAACAGACACUCAGAAGAGGCAGCAGGGCCCAGCCCUUAGGAAAGAGUUGGAGAAGAUGAAUGAAGCAGAGCUGUCACCCAAAAUAAAAGGCCAUUUGUGGUGGUAUUACGUAGAAAGUGAAGACCCGAGGUGGGAGGCUCAUACUGGCAACUUAUUAACAUCAAAAUUCUUUAGUUAUAAGGAUUUUGAUACUUUAUUGUAUACCUGUGCAGCGGAGUUUGACUUUAUGGAAAAAGAGACUCCACUGAGAUACACAAAGACAUUAUUGCUUCCAGUUGUUCUUGUAGUGUUUAUUGCUAUUGUUAGAAAGAUUAUUAGUGAUAUGUGGGGUGUCUUAGCUAAACAACAGACACAUGUAAGAAAACACCAGUUUGAUCAUGGAGAGCUGGUUUACCAUGCAUUGCAAUUGUUAGCAUAUACGGCCCUUGGUAUUUUAAUUAUGAGACUAAAACUCUUCUUGACACCACACAUAUGUGUUAUGGCAUCACUGAUCUGCUCAAGACAGCUAUUUGGAUGGCUCUUUUGCAAAGUACAUCCUGGUGCUGUUGUUUUUGCUAUAUUAGCAGCAAUGUCAAUACAAGAUUCAGCAAAUCUGCAAACCCAGUGGAAUAUUGUAGGGGAGUUCAGCAAUUUGCCGCAAGAAGAACUUAUAGAAUGGAUCAAAUAUAGUACUAAACCAGAUGCAGUGUUUGCAGGUGCCAUGCCCAUGAUGGCAAGUGUUAAGCUCUCUGCGCUUCAGCCCAUUGUGAAUCAUCCACAUUAUGAAGAUGCAGGCUUGAGAGCCAGAACGAAAACAGUAUACUCAAUGUAUAGUCGGAAAGCAGCCGAAGAAGUGAAGCGAGAACUGAUAAAGUUAAAAGUGAACUAUUACAUUCUAGAAGAGUCAUGGUGUGUAAGAAGAUCCAAGCCUGGUUGCAGUAUGCCUGAAAUUUGGGAUGUAGAAGAUCCUGUCAAUGCUGGGAAAACUCCCUUAUGUAACCUCUUGGUGAAGGAUUCCAAACCUCACUUCACCACUGUAUUCCAGAACAGUGUUUACAAAGUCCUGGAAGUUGUAAAAGAAUGACUGCUACA